UGUGUGCAAACAGUUUAACAUGGCGGACAGUGGGUCCCUCAUAGCGGCUCUGCUGAGCUCCUUGCUCUCCCUGGAUGUUCCUCCGGACCUCGGGGCUCAGGUGGCCGAGCUGUACCGGCUCCAGACGGCCCUGCUGAGGCGGAGGAGGCUCCGCGAGAUGGUGGAGAGAGACCGGCGGAGGAGACAGUACCUGCGGAGGAGGAGGGCGUUCCUGCUCUCCUCCAUGGCCGGGAUCCUUAGCCUCAUCACGGUCACCAGGAGACCCGUGUGGGUCAUUAACCGGAGCCCGGCGCAGAACCUGUGGGCCGGGGCGCAGCACUUCGACGAGGAGGAAUGGAAGGCGCAGUUUCGGAUCUCGAGAGCGACGUUUGACUUCCUGCUCGAAGAGGUCGGUCCCGCCAUCAAACGACGCAGGACGAAUUUCCGCGCGCCCAUCGAACCGGACCGGAGGCUGGCCAUCGCCCUGUGGUGGUUCUCCCGAUCCGGGGAGUACCGAACCAUCGCCCAAAUGUUCGGUGUGGGCGUGGCCACCGUGUGUAUCGUAGUCCGGCAGGUCACCGCCGCCAUACUGGACCGCAUGUAUGAGCGUUACGUGUCGCUGCCCUCAGGACAACCCGACGACUACUACAACCAGAACGGCUGGCACUCGGUCAUCCUGCAGGCGGUGGUCGACCACGACGCCCGGUUCACAGACGUUUACGCCGGCUGGCCCGGCAGCACCAGCACGGCCUCGGUUCUGUCCAGCUCAGACCUGUUCCUGAAAGCAGAGGACCGGCCUGACGGGUACCUGUUCCCCAGAGAGAAAUCCAUCAUGUCAGACGGCGUGGAGAUCCCCGUCCAUCUGAUCGGAGACGAGUCGUUCCCUCUGAAGCCGUGGUUGAUGAAAGGAUACAGCCAACACCAUCAGCUGUCUCCUGAACAGCGCCGCUUCACCUACACCCUCAGCUCCGCCCGCUCCGUGGUCGACACCGCCUUCAUGCGUCUGAAAGGGCGUUGGAGGUGUCUGCUGAAGAAGACCGACAUCGACGUGUCCAUGAUGCCGCGCGUAGUGGCUGCGUGCUGCGUCCUGCACAACAUGUGUGAACAGCUGGGGGACUGUUUCCUGCCCGAGUGGAACGCCGACGCCAAUCCAACUGUGAUGAGUCUGAGACAACCGGACACGGAGCCGUACGAGGGACACGUACUGCACCGCCGAGGUCAUCAGGGACACCAUCACUACAACCUGCUCACUAUCCUGCAGUACUGA